CUUUCAGCUCUCCCAAUUACAAGAAACAAACGAUCGAAACUAAAACGAUGGAUUUUAAUGAUAAAGAUGUGCCCCUUUUUAGAACUGCCAGUGACAUUAAUUUCUUGCAAUCACUGCAUGAGUUCAUAUCGAGUGAGAAGGAGCGCCUGUGUUGCCCGGCUGAGGCGCCUGAUGAGCAUCAAUAUGCUGUUUACAGUGCUGCUUUUGACAAGGUAAUUGACUAUGCUACAGCGUACAAACCGAUUCUUACAGCCAUCAAGAAAGAAUAUGACGAGUUCAUUGCUGCUGUGAAAACAAAUGACCACAAGGCCAAGCUUGCUCAUGGAAAACUGAAGGCCAUACUAGCACAACCCACUUCCCUGAUGUACUGUCAGAAGAGAGCUGCCCAACUACUAGAGAGGAUUGCUGUCAUUCAGAGAGACACUGCUGAGGUCCAAGCUAAGACAAAAAGGCUUCAGGAGUGCAUAAAAAAUCACAGAGAUUCACAACAACUGGAGGCCUUAGAUGACCAGGUACAGAUUCCUGUGGGACAGAUACCAGGCCUUAAAUUUGAAGAGUCUUUGAAUCCAGAAGCCCUGGAUGAGCAUCUGAAGUUUUUGAAGCAGAAGAGAGCUGAUCUUCUGAGUAAGAAAAAGAGCCAGUAUGUGCCUGUGCAGGUGAAACAUGAGCUGGAAAUCAAGAUGAAGACCACCCUGAACCAAAGAGAUGAACUUGGCUUAGAGAAUAACACACUGCAGCUUUGUUGUAAACAGUUGACUUUUCUGAAUGAGGCUAUCAGCUCUUGGGAAAAAUCAGCAAGCCGCCUUCCUCUGCUCGAGUUCCUCGGCUCUGAAUUGGAGCGCGUCUCAGAAAUGAAAGUCUGUGAAGCCGACAGCUAUGGCAUCAACAAAGACGUGUUUGAAGAGGACGAUCCUUGCAAAGUCCACGAGUCAGAGCUGUUGAUGGAUUACAUUGAAAGGUUCUCAAAUCUUUUUGAAGCAGGUGAAUAUGAGGCUGCUGCGUAUCAUGCUGCCAAGUCCCCUCGUGGAGUCCUGAGGAACAUGGAGACUAUGGAGCGGUUCAAAUCUGUUACCAUGUAUGAGGGAGAGCUUCCUCCUGUGCUGCUCUUCUUCCAGGCCCUGAUGAUCUCAGUCCAGCCUGGGAAACACCUGCCAGGACAAGUAUUGUCUUUGGAGGGUGUCCGGUGUGCCCUGCAGCAUGGCUACAUCCAGCUGGUUACUUUCUGGGUCACCCAGCACAGGUUGACGUACAGUGAAGAAUUAGGGGAUGUGAUCUGUAGCCAUGGAGAUGAGGACCCACGCAUUGCAGACACUUGUUUGGCCCUGGCCCACAUUGUUUACACGGCCUGCGGCGUGCUGAGGAAGGCAGCACUCAGCAUGUGCAGACGAGGGCUGACCAGCGGUGCCUUAGAAUUAAUUUACAAGAACAGAGACUUCACAGUAGAAGACUGCAUGUUUGUGCUGAGAGGGUGCCCCCGUUUAGAUCUGAUGCAGGAUUUCACUCAGCUGUAUGAGGGCAAGCCAGCACUGCUGUCUGUUGGCUUCGUCUGCCACUCCCUCCUCAAAUCUGACCUAGAGGGCCUGGCCUUCCAGCUACUACAGGAGAUUUAUGCCGGUGGGCAAGGUGCCCUGGAGAAGACCAUCCUAGAUGACGUCAUGUGCAGUACGGAGAGCUGGAGUGAGAUUGCAACUCGCUGUGAGCAGAGGGGGCGGCAUCAGCUGGCACAGGAGAUUAUUUCCACCCUUCUGUCCCAGCCUGGAGCCGUGUGCCUCUCCCAAGAGCAAGACAGUGCCAAGCUGAUGGAGCAUGUGUUCAUGUAGGGAGUCAGCCACAAGGUGGAGCUCAAGAUACAGACCCAGUUUAAAAUAUAAAAACAGAACGUGUCUGUUUAGUCAUUAUUUCGCAGAGGCUAGUUAUAGUAAUAAUUUGGACAAAAAUAUAAUUUACACUCUUUUCCCCUUAUUCUAGAUGUAAAAAAAUAGGCAAAGGUGCAGAUAAACAGGCUUCAAGAUGGUUUCCACUACUGGUUUUAUAACAGACUUCUGUCCAUUUUUUUACUGUAUGUCAUAUAAUGUCAGAAACCACAUAAGCAAGUCUUUUUGAGACUGUUUAAC